UUCAUCCAUCCAAACCCUCCAAGCAGCUACAGCAAUCUUGACAUUCACCUUUAUCCAAUCCAGGAUUGCGCCACAGGAGUAGGAGAAACGGUACACCCACGAGCGAGUCAGGCCCACCGCUCCCGCACACCGUCUCAGUUCCCAGUUCGACUUCUCGCCCACCCCCGCAAUCUCUGCGGAACUGUUUCCUUGUCGUCAUCUGACGUCGGGCUGCUCCAAGGCCUGCUUUAUCUUUGAAGAUUGAAGCGUGGUGAUUUCUCAGGGAUCAGAGAGGGGUGACGUCCAGCCAGCAAGCAAGCAACCAGUUAGGAUUCAGGGGAGAGCAUCUGGCUGAUAUCCUACCGACACCACACAACACACAAGCAACAGGACCAAGCAUGUCUUGUGCUGCUUGAUCCAGAUCCAGAUCCAGAUCCAGAUCCGGCCAACACAUUCCUGUCCCUCCCUCACGCCGACACAGACACGGCACCAGCACCCCGCAAACCUCGCAGUCUAAUUAUUUGGCCCCAGCUCCCCCUUCCCACCGCCCCCCUCUUCUUCCCCCUUUCCCCCUCCCCCACACUCUCCAGCCUUUGUGGCUUUCUCCUCCCUCUCCACCGGGCCUGCUGUAUACAGUACAAGCUGUCUGUACCUUCACGCCAUGCGCCCCCUACAAUCCAUCGAGACUCCCGCCCCAGCCACUGCCGACGAGAAUGGGGAAACCCGGCAGCAGAAGCCCAAGACGCUGCCGUGCAAGUACUGUAGCAAAUGCUUCAGGCGCGUGGAACAUGUUCAGAGGCACGAAAGGACUCACACCAAGGAAAAACCCUUUUCCUGCGAGUGGCCUAGGUGUGGAAAGCACUUUGGACGACGAGAUUUGCUCUCCCGUCACCAUAAGCUUGUCCAUUCCAACGAGGCGGGUAGCAACAAAGAUGGCGGUGGCCACAGACCGCGGAAGCCCUCGACGGCGGGCGCUGGCAUGGGACCUGUUGAUGACCAUGGUGAUGUCAAGAUGCUCGGUAUGCAACCACAACCGCAGCAGCAGCAGCAGCAGCAGCAACCGCAACCACCACCGCAUCAAAUGUAUCGACAGGAAGUCUUGCAGCCUACCGUUGUCUCGCCGAUCGCCCCUGACCCGCGCAUGUCAGCGCGGGCGCCAGCCUGCAAUCUCGACCUCUUAUCUGACGCAGCUACGCAUCUUGCUUCGGCCGGCGAAGUCAGCAACAUGCAGCCAUCCAUGAUGUCCGGCAUCUCGGACCACCAGCCGCCUCCGCCGCCGCUUGCUCCGGUGAAAACGUAUCACGACAGUAACCCUUACGGGGAUCGUGUUCGGGAGCAGGACCCGGGUGUCAUGUCUGGUGUAUACCAGACCCAGCCGGCCCCUUUUGAGGAUUACAAUUUGUUUUUGGAUGAUUAUGGGACGCAGCAUUUCCUCCCACCAGGGCUUGAAAUGGACCAAGGUUUCGGAUCGUGGUCUCGUCUAGGGGGCGACAUGCGUGGGCCGUCGAAGCCUGCUUCUGCCUUCCCGUCUCGAUUCCCGUCACUGCAGCCUGAUGCCCGAGAUCCAAAUGACGGUUCAAGGAUGCAUGAAGAUGGGAUGCAGGCUCCCAACUGGAGAAUUGCCGGAGCGAAUCAUAUCGCCGUCAAAAACAGGCUGGAUGAGUUUUCGUCGGUGCUUCCCAACGACUUUGUGUUUCCAUCUCGACAUACUCUCAACAGGUUUCUCGACGGAUACAUCAGUGGGUUCCACGAACACCUACCUUUUCUCCAUUUACCAAGCCUGGCACCCAUAGAUUUGGCACCCGAGCUCUUGCUGGCCGUCCUCGCGGUGGGAGCUCAGUACCGUUUUGAAACAAACCGCGGCCAUGCCCUGUGGUAUGCUGCAAAGGCUGUGGCCAUGGAACAGAUUCGCCGAAGACAUAGCCAUGAGGUACAUGGAUUGCUUCCGACACCAGCCGCCUACAGCCCACACUCGACUCGACCCUCCCCAAGCUCCGGUUUCAGGCACUCGUUUCCGUCGGUACAUCAAGACCGCCCCAUGACUCAGGAGACGCACAGAGAGCCUUAUUCUCCAAACACUCCACACGCCCGUCUUGAGACCAUCCAAGCCAUCCUUUUGCUGUUUUCGGUUGGGCUCUGGGGCCCCAAAGCCAUCCUCCAGGAAGCCCUUGGCUUGCAGAGCCAACUCGCUGUGCUAGUCCGGGAGGAGGGACUGGUCGGGGAGUCUAACCAACAGACAGUUGACCACGAGACCUGGGUCCGACAUGAAUCGGCCACUCGCACGAAGCUUGUCGCAUUUUGCUUCUUCAAUCUCUGCAGCAUCGCUUACAACACCCCGCCAAUGUUACUAACAUCCGAUGUUCACCUCUUCCUGCCCAGCCCGUCUCGACUAUGGAGGGCAGAGACAAGCUGGCAGUGGCAAGAAGCACGCCAGACUUGCCAAUUUGUCGACAUCACCCUGCAAGACGCGUUUAUGAGGCUUCUCAACCGCUCGUCUCAAGUUCCACCUCCACCGCUUACCUCGCUCGGAAACUAUGUUCUCAUCCACGCCCUCAUUCAGCAUAUCUUCCUUCUCAAGCAGACAUCGUUUACCAGCCUCUCGCCGUACGACUUUCGACGGGGGAUGAAACCGGAAGAUGUCGAAGACGUUACUCACGCUUUGCGGGUGUGGCAGACCGGAGUAGAGCAGCAUCGGCAGAUCAGGGCGAAUGAAUCAGGAGGACCAGCAUCGGCAGACAACUUUUUUGGCGGACCAGUGGCUUUCAACUCGGCAGCGCUGUUGAGGCUGGCGUACAUCAGGCUUUACACCGACCUGAGCCCCAGCCGGAGUCUGGAGACGAGGGAUCAUGUUUUGAUUGCGUCAGCGUUCAGUGACGCACCGCUGUUGGUGAGAAACAAGAGGCUGAACGGAGCGGUGGUACCGGCUGUGCAUGCGCUGGCCCAUUUGGUGAAGGUAGGGGUGAACUAUGUGGCGAGGACGAAGAGUUUGGAGUGGAGUAUGCAGCAUUCUUUGUGCAACCUCGAAUGCGCCAUCCUUCUUUCCAAGUGGCUCUUGACGCUCUCCGCCAUAGGCCCGGCCGACCAACCUCUGUCAGUGGAGGAGAAACAUGUUUUGGAAAUGGUUUGCCGGAUGCUCGACGAGACAGAAUUCGCCGUGCCGAUUGAUCCUUCGUUGGGUGGCGGGAAUGGGGGAGCUUCGUCGUCGGCUAACCACCACGGCGGGGGCCAUCACCAGUCCCGUUCGAUCGACAUGAAUGCUUCUGCUUCGACGGAUAGCACAAAGCUUCGACAGCUAGCUUGUGCGGUAGUGAGGCUGUGGGCGGAAACGUUCAAGGGGGCGCAUAUGUUUGAGAUUUUGAGGAUUAUGGCGGCGGGGCUGGACGGGUAUGGGGAUCUGAUUGAGAAACCGAGGGAUCGGACACCGUUGGGAAAGUUUGUGGGUGGUCAGGGCUUGGGGUGAGAGGAUAGGAGGGGUGGAUGAGUGUUGAAGGGACGCCACGUUGGGGAUUAACCAGGAGGAAGCCGCCCGUUGGAGGAGGCGAAGCCGAGCCGGGUCUGUCAGAUUUCCAACAAAGACGCAUUUACCGGUAAUGUGGAAGUCGAGAAAUGGUUGAAUGUGGCCAAGCUGGAUGGCGACGAGAUAUCGGGCCCUAUCGCCCUCCAUGGCACGACCUUUUUGGCAUUGCUGCUACACCGUCUUUGCCUAGUGGAAGGGGGCAUGCUGGAGCCGGUUGUGGAGGACUUUCGGCAGGGAGUAAACGGACUUGGUUGAUGCCGAUUCGGGAGAAGGCGAGAAUUGUGAAGACGUGGGAGAGAUGACAGGGAACAAUGGCUUGGUGUAGUGCGAGAGCUCGCUGAGUUGCUGAUACCACUGCUGUUGUUUCGAGGAGACUGACAUUCGAAUCGCGAUGGCUAAUGGGCAUAUGCCUGUUUGUCGUUCAAGCACUUUGCACACAUAUCCAUCCUAUUAUCUAUAUACCAUGAAUUCAAAUCUUGGGAAGACGCAUUUUGUUACAUUCCGAUUGAGAAGGCCGAGGCUCAACCAAGGUGGGAAAUCCACUGGGCUGGUUGUCAACCCUAUCUUGAUCGAUGCCAUUACGGAGAUGCCCCUUCUUCAGUCAAUUGCAAUUUUCUU